UACCUUUCACGUGAACUCUGUAGAUUGAAGGUUUGAUCAAAUGAUUUAGAAACAGUGGUUUUAUCGUCUGUCAUCGGGUUCGGUUUUCGAAAGCAUUUGGAGCAAAGUAGUUUUGCAAUGCUCUUGUAAACGUUUUCUAUUAAAAUGCUGUAUUUCACGUACUUUGAUUGUUACGGCUAAGAAGAGGGCAAAGUCUUAAACCUAUUGGAACAUAAAAUAGGAGAGGUGCUAUAUAUAUAUUAUUACAACAUUCUGCAAAAACACAACUCACCCUCGUGACAUCAAAAUUAUUUAGUUAUGUAUUUUGAAGUAGAGUCACUGCAGGACCGCUCCAUCUCAAGCAUGAACAGGUCGGUGGAAAAUUUGUUGAUAUCAAGUCACGAAGUUAUCAACAGCAUAAAUGCUUCAUCGUUGUCGGGGCAGAGUCCUGUAGGAAGUCAUGGGAAUGAAGUAUCCCUAGACAAUGUACUUGAUAUCUCCUCUUCAACGGUAAACGAACGUCCCAGUGCUCUGCCAAGUCCGAAUUUAUCGCCCCGACCUAGUCCAAGAUUUUCGGUCAGACACCAUGAUUAUUUAAAGGAUCAUGUGGACCUAAUUUCCCCAUCACAAAAAGAAUCAAUCCAUUCCAGUAAAUUGGACGAUCAAUCGAUUCAGGAAAUUCUAAAUCGUUCGUCCGAUUCAGCAGAACCUGACAAACUUUCAACGCAUAGCAGUAAAAAGCAGGCAAGAGCAUCAGCUCGUAGUAAAAAAAAAUCUUCAUGGUACAACGUUCUUUAUCCCACUUACAAGUCGCGAUCAGAAGAUUUUAAAAGGAUAUUCAAGGAUGUACCGCAGGAGGAGAGACUUGUUGUUGAUUAUUCGUGUGCCCUGCAACGAGAAAUUUUAGUUCACGGGAGACUCUAUGUUACGCAGAACUACGUAUGCUUCUAUGCUAAUAUUUUUAUGUGGGAAACUUUGGUUUCAUUGCGCUGGAAAGACGUUUCCUCUAUUACCAAAGAAAAAACUGCACUUGUCAUUCCAAAUGCCAUUUCAAUCUGCACUGAGAACGAGAAAUAUUUUUUGACUUCGUUUGGAGCAAGAGAUAAGACGUAUUUGAUGCUAUUCCGUAUUUGGCAAAACGCUCUUAUUGGCGAGCCUAUGGGAAUGGCCGAAAUGUGGCAACUUGUUCAUACGUGUUAUGGAGAUGAACUGGGUUUAACUUCAGAUGACGAGGAUUACGUACCACCGCAAGCUCCGCUUCUCGAUGAUAAAUUAUCGACACGUUUAUCCGUGGAAUCAUUUUCUGAGUCAGAAGGGAUGAAGCCAGAACUUUUUAAGGUGGUGGGUAUUGACAUUCCUACACGUGCGAAACUCGAAAUACGUCCUAAACCAGAUAUUAUUCUUGAUCCGACUGAUCUUAGCGAUACAACAGAGAGCGACGCUGAAAAACAGGCUGUGAAAUUACCUAUUCGAUGUAAUACAGUGUGCACUUCGCCUCACGAAGGUCGGCAUCUUAGCAAUACUAUCCUACCUAUACACAUAGAUCAAUUGUUUACCUUGCUUUUUACCAACUCGAAAUUCUUUUUGGACUUUCAUUCGGCAAGAAAAACGACAGAUCUAGUGCGAUCAGCAUGGACCCAAAAUCCAGAAACGGGAGAAAAAGUGAGAACAGUCACAUUGACAAUGUCUCUAACGCAAUCAGUUGGUCCACGAUCUUCGCAAGUUACAGAAAACCAGAUUAUGUUACCUUGUAGCAGGCCAGGUCAGUUGUAUUCCAUUGAUGUGGAAAGUUUAAAUGCUGGAAUUCCGUAUGCAGAUUCCUUUAGCGUAAUAAUUCAUUACUGUAUGACCAGUAAAACAGAAAAUGAAACAUGUCUUGCUAUAUUUGCGCAAAUAAAAUACAAAAAGAAUGUAUGGGCCAUCGUCAGAACUUUCAUAGAAAAAAAUUGUUGGGCCGGUUUGGAGGAAUAUUUCAGCAGUUUGAUAAAGGCGUUGAGCGUAGAAUGUGAAGAAAAUCAUGGUGGAACUGUAGGCGGUACAGGUGGCCUGAAAAGAAAAACAAGAAGAAGAAGACGAACUGUCAAUACGGGUAUCUCUCUACAAACACAUGCGCCUGAUCUCUUGUCAUCUAAUCAUCAGCCUAGCGCCGCUGAAUUGCCGCAUAAUUAUAAUAAAAGUGUCUCAGGGCUUCGGGGAGACACGAGCAAUAUUCUUAGCUGGGUUCUUCUUUUUGCAAUUUUAUGUUUAACGCUAAUUAAUGCCAUGCUCUACUAUAAAUUGUGGGGAUUAGAAGAAGCUGCCAAUUACACUGUAAUGGACCUGCACAUUUUGAAAAAUACUCCAAAAACUGAGGAGGAUUGGAUAAAUUUACUUCAGCAGCAGGAGAGUUUGCAUAAUGUAGAAAUGAGAAAGUGGCAAAGGGUUCUGCAUACCGCCGCGCAAUUGUUAAGACAGACCGAAGAGUCCCUGACGGAACUCCAAAUGAGCAUACAUCCGACAGCGACAGAAAAAAUGUUCUCAGUAUUGAAGCCAGGAUUGAAAACACGCAAUUCUAAUAAUCAAGAAUUGUGAAACCCUCUGUGUGAAAAUAGGUAUAUUCGUAAGUAGGUUUUCAAAGAUUGUUCUGCUUUCCUGUGAAUAAUUUUUCAGCUAUAAACGCGUGAUAAAUGUAGACAGGGUGUCUACUCAAAUCCUGGGAAAAAAUGUGCUGAAAAUUCUAGGUUUCUCCAGUUUUUUGCAGGCUUCAUUUUUUGUAGCAUGGAGCCAUGUAAAUAUUUUGUAAUAUUUUAAAACACACGAUUCGGAAUAUGCAUCGAAUUUUGUGAAUUUAUUAUAAAUCGUGUUUUUUUCCCUUCAAUUUUCUAGGAAUUCAAUCAAUAUUACAAGAUAUUCUUAAAUAUUUUAGCACGAUGAAUUAAUUAAAUAAUUUAAUAACAGUAAAAAACAUGGUUAAUCAUUUCUAGAGUUUGUCUUUAAAGUCCAUAAAUUUGAAUAAUAAUUGAAACAAGGUUUUAUUUUAUCUACUUAUACUUGAAAUUAAAUGCAUAUUUGGGUAAAAUUAAUGU